ACGGCUCUUCCUCCACUUUCUGCGUGUGACGUGCUUCCUGUUUGCGGCCCUGAGAGGAGAGAUAUCGUCGCUACCGUCACCGCUGCUACUUAUCAGAGAGCGGGAAGGGAAGAGGGACGAGAGAGAAGCGCUGCAGUCGCCGGCCGGCCCUGAAGGAGAAGCUUGCAGGACUCCUGUUAUCAAAGCAAUAUAAAACAUGGUGGAUUAUUAUGAAGUUCUAGGAGUGCAUAGGCGUGCCUCUCCAGAAGACAUUAAAAAAGCGUACCGUAAACUGGCAUUAAAGUGGCACCCUGACAAAAAUCCAGAUAAUAAAGAAGAAGCUGAAAGACAAUUUAAGCAAGUAGCUGAGGCUUAUGAGGUUCUGUCCGAUGCUAAAAAACGUGACAUCUAUGACAAAUAUGGAAAAGAAGGCUUAAAUGGAGGCGGAGGUGGAAGUCAUUUUGAUAGUCCAUUUGAAUAUGGUUUUACAUUCCGGAACCCAGAAGAUGUCUUCAGGGAAUUCUUUGGUGGAAGAGAUCCAUUUUCAUUUGAUUUCUUUGAGGAUCCUUUCGAUGAUUUUUUUGGCAAUAGACGAGGGCCACGUGGGAACAGAAACAGAGGUGGUGGAUCCUUUUUCUCUGCCUUUGGUGGAUUUCCUGCAUUUGGAAGUGGUUUCUCUGCAUUUGAUACAGGCUUUACUUCGUUCGGUUCUCUGGGACAUGGGGGCCUUACUUCAUUCUCCUCCACAUCGUUUGGUGGCAGUGGGAUGGGUAACUUCAAAUCUGUAUCGACUUCAACUAAAAUAGUUAAUGACAGAAAAAUUACUACAAAGAGAAUUGUUGAGAAUGGACAAGAGAGAGUAGAAGUUGAAGAAGAUGGCCAGUUAAAGUCUUUAACAAUAAAUGGUGUAGCUGACGACGAAGCUUUUGCCGAGGAAUGCAGACGCCGAGGACAAAAUGCCUUGCCCUUCCAGCCUGCUAAUGUCCGCUCUCCAAAAUCCCUGAAGCCUGCUGCCUACCCCAAACAUGUCCUUCACUGUAAUAGUGAUGAGGAUGAUGACUUGGUUAUGACCAGCUGGGAGACGCCCAUUUAUUCAUCAGGAUACAAAGAAAUCAGCAAGAGGAAGAAGCAGAAGCUGAGGGAGGAGCAGAAGAAGAAGAAGUCAGCCAAGGCACCAUAUUAAAAUGGACUUCGAUGCCCCCAAACACUGACCCUUUUGCUGUCGUACCAUUUGACCCCACCCUCAUACUUUUCCUGGUGCAUAUCUUUUCUUAUGUCCCUUCUCACUUAGCAAGGGGGGACUGACUCCUCUCUGAAGUACACUAAACUUGCACUAUUAUGCUUGAGCACCACAGAUUCGCUUAAGCUUCUGUAAGACACCCCAGUCAGAAACCCGCUCCUUGGAAGUCAUUUUCAUUGAAAGCGUACGUCUUACUUCCAUGCAGCAUUUUUAGGAUCAGCACGUCAGAUACAUCAGAUAAGCAGAUCCUGGCUAGAAAUGUGUUGUAUUUUUGAAGUUUGAAAAGAUCUGAUGAUGUGGAACCUUUCUGACCUCUUCCUUUCCUGGGGAUAAAGCUACUGUAGUCUAGUGUGUUUCUUCUAGGACUUGAGAUUGUAAACACUGCAUCUUUAUUUCCAAAAACAAAUCAUUUUGAUCAUGGGAUAUUCUGACCUAAAUGAACCUUAAUAUGUUUUUCAUUUUAAAUUUUCCUUUGAGGAGAGUUGAGCUAAGUUUAAUCUUGCAUCGCGCAUAACAACUGAGGAUGAGUCUUGCCUUUUAGUUUAGCUGGUGGAAGAAGUAGCUGACUUUGCUUUCUAGUGCCAUUAUUUAUGUGCUUUAUCACAAAGAAUCUGCAAUGAUUUGAGAGAACAGGUUCCCAACGAGCUGCUUAGUGAAAUCACUCCUUGUGAGUUGAUUACAAUCCCUAGAACUUUCUCAAGCCAAAUAAUAAUAGACAUACUCUAUUACCUUAGUUCUCUUGGCUGGGAAUCAGCAGUCAUGAAGAUAUUUUCAUGCUAAGUAGUAUAAGGGUCAUAGCACCACAUCUGGCUUGUCAAAAUUCGCCUCUAGUACCUAGGAUGAUUUGUGAGGCUUCAUAGGCCAAGUGGAGCCUCAACUAGCUAAGAACCUCUGUUCCUUGGUCAGAUCUAGAAUACUUACUUGUACAUUGAGCAUAUAUAGUGUGUGUGUUGGUUCUCAUUCUGGCUAUAUGGAGGUGGGGACAUGUGCAUACUUGGAAAAUUUAGGAUUUGCUGUAGAGAGAUGACU